GCAGUGACCUACUAACACAGAUCCACGAGUCAGAAUCCACCUUCAGAGGAGUUCGCCGAGGCAGGAAAACUAGGUAGGCUACUUCCUAACGUGUAGGAUUUUAUCGAGUUAUUCAUCAGUUGAUGCGACUUCUAAACUUCCUCCAUGUGUUUGUUACACUGUGGAAACCAGACCGAACCUUCCAACCAGGCGUAAGAAAAGAUCUCCUCAACUGAAGUGGAUUAAUCCAAUGUGGCAGUUACUGUAUGCAUACAAGCAGUAUGGUGUACCGGUAAAGACCUGUUAACAGUCACCAGCAGUGAUAAUAUGCAAUCAAUUAAGCAAGAGGUGGACUCCAAUGAGUCCUACAGUGGAGAUGAUUCCCUGGUCCUGGCUGUCGCCUUACAAGGGGCUAACAGAGACCUGAUGGGCCACAAAAUCUCUGCAAUUCCGUUUAAGGCUAAAGCUACCUGUCGCAGGAAAAGGGAGUUUAUCCCAGAGGAGAAGAAAGACAACCUUUAUUGGGAGAGGCGCCGCAAAAACAAUGAGGCAGCCAAACGGUCCAGGGAGAAGAGACGUAUAAAUGACAUGGUGCUUGAGAACAAGCUGAUGGCCCUUGGAGAAGAAAAUGCCUCCCUCAAGGCUGAGCUGCUGUCGUUGAAACUGAAGUUUGGCCUGGUGAGCUCGACAGCAUAUGCUCAAGAAGUCCAAAAGUUAUCCAACUCCACCACUGUAAACCCCUACCAAGAGUUUGUUCCACUCAGUGCUGGCCAAGGUUCUUCCAGCAAAGAUUUGGAGCCUGUUCACCUGCGCAGCAGCUGCAUAUCAGUCAUCAAGCAUUCACCUCACAUCCCAGAGACAUGUAUUGCAACCACAAAGGGUAGCUUUAGUAUCUGCCAGACUUCAGACGUCAAGCAAGAACCAGCAGAGAAUGGCAGCUAUGCACAGGAGAGCAGUAGUCCCUAUGAACUCUAUAGAAACUACAGGGCCAGUCCAUUGUCUGGAGUCUACUCCCAGCCUGCUUCAUUCCUGCAGAUCACCAGAUCAUCCAGUAACUCCCCCAGGAGCUCAGAUGAUGGCGCUGUAAGCAAAUCAUCAGAUGGUGAGGAUGAGCAGCAGGUCCCCAAAGGGUUAAUAUCAUAUAUAGGUGAUCCAAAAAGCGUCAUUGUCUCCACACACAAAGUGCCAGAUGCCAGUUCUUCAGCUUUGCCCCAUAAACUGCGGAUCAAAGCCAGAACCAUCCAAAUCAAAGUGGAGGCCAUCGACCCUGAAUAUGAGUCUUCUGGAAAGACCUCCUCUCCCAUCAACAAUUCAGAGGGAAGAUGCUACCAGACCACUCAGGAUUUUUCAGCAUACACCCAGUCCCCCCCGUGCCCUUUGUCAUUACAGGUCACUAACAUGCAAGGCUGGAUCCACCGGUCUGAGAAAAAGCAUAAAAGCAGCACAAAGACACUGCAGAAUGGCUGCAAAAGUAGCAGGCUGACCCCGAGCCCCGCCUCAAACAAAGCCGUUGACCUUGUAAAAGAAUUGUCCUAUGCACACUCAGAUGCUGAGGACUUGUAUAUGAAAUAGGGCCUUUCUGACCUCUCUGCCAAAGUGGCCUGUCCGAGGAGACUGAUCACAACACAGCCAGGGUCUGUGAUAGACAACCAAAUGCACCACUGAUCAUCAAGAGUCAUUAUCAAAGCCAUGUUCCUCUGAAUGACCUUGGUAUGGUUCACAUUUCCACAGUAUUUGCUGUUGCAUUUUUUGGUUGAUAUUAGGGGUAAAAAUAUUUGGAUUACUGUAAAUUUUUAAAUGAAAGGUGUUCAAGUAAUGGCAUGUGCAUAGUUUCAUUGAAGGCAGCUUGAUCAGGGAUUGGAAAAGAAGUAAUAGCAACUGAAAUUAAUAGAUGAUUGAAAACCGUAUUUCUGUGGAGAGCAGCAGAGUGGUGCGAAUGACAUGACUAUUCACUAUAUGUUCCAUGUUUAACAGGUAAACAUGUAUUAACAGCAAGUUAAAGCAGGAGCAGAUAAGAAAACAGGGCAACCCGUUCUCACUCUCAACCAGGCCUGUCACAAUAAUUACAUUAUCGACUUAUGUAUGAUACCUCAUUUUAGCCAAUAUUGCCUGUUUACUUGCAUGUUAUUUUACAUGAGAAUGAAGAUUGCAGCAUUUCAGACAGUCGCGCUGUGUCUGUCCUCUUGUUUCCACAGGGCACGGCUGCGUCCGGUGUUAUGAGUUUUACAUGCCUGUCGAGAAUUGCAUGCACCUCCAAAAACUGCUUUUAAAUGCAAUAAUAUCCUUUUGUGGGCUACAUCAAUGGUGAUAAAUGAUUGUAAGUAUAUCUUUUAUGAAUAUUUACAGUUAAUAUUUGAUUACACUUCGUAUAAGAAGCAUUCCUUAUGAUUCAGCAAAAAUAUGUGGUGAUAACUGCGGUUGAUCAGGGAGCACAACAAAUUGUCUGAAAUGGAUCUUAAGAGGUGGAUGCAUAAUUCGGCAGAACAGAUGUUGUAGGCUACCUGCCGAGAUUUGCAUCCACCUCCUUUUCUCAGCAUGAAUUAGCGUUACCACCCGCGAGGUGCAUGCAAUUCUUGGCAAGCAUUUAGAUUUCAGGAUAACACCAGAAGCGGACAUCUUGUGUCUGUCUGCAGAACAAAUGCAGCGGGUCUGUUUUGUGUGCCAAGCAGCACGGAGCAGAUGAACAGGGCAAGAAGUCAAACACAGAAACAGCAUAGAGAAUCCAGUCAGUUUUCAAAAUAAAACCACACAUACUGCAGAUCUUACAUCAACAAGAAACAUAAUUAAGAGACAAAAGAAAACAUUUAACUACAUAGCCUACAUAACGAAGGUAGAAGCACAAAAAUCAAGGACUAAUGACCAAAUCAAUAAAAGUCAGCAAAAUCAGUCAGGUUAAAAUCUCCACUUUGAAACACAUCCAGUGGGAUUUGAAGCUGUACUGAGUUGUUUUGGUUGUGUGGAUUUAUUUAUUUAGGAGAUUUCUAAUUUAUGAAUAUUCUUAAGAAUAAAAAAUAAGUUGCUCUU